UGAGAAGGGCAUCCUGUCCAUGAACUAGGAAUAAAUCGCCUUGCCUUUGGCCACUCUCUCUGUAGACUCUUGCUCCUCUUCCUGGCUGCCUAAUCCUUUCUCCUCCUGGCGGCGAUUUCUAGAAACCCAGACGGGUAGCGCCUCGGUCUUGCCCUGCCCCCUCUGACCGUUGCGUCCCGCAGGCAUGAACCUGGCCCACGCCACGGUGCUCCUGUGGGUGUGGGGGAGCCUCCGGGCCUUUGAAAUUGUGGAGAAGGAGGACAUCUUUCACAGGACCCCCUGCCCCGCUUUUCUGCUGUUUGACAACGCGGCCUACCUGGCGGACAUGAGCUUUGAGCUGCCCUGCGGCUGCAAGCCUGAGGAGGUGUCCGCUGUCGUCUGGUACUAUCAGAAGCGCCUAGGGAGCAGCCACACCAGGGUGCUGACGGACUUCGACGGGCGGGUGCUGACCGAGGAAGCGCAGGUGCGCGUGGGCAGCGACAUGCUGGUGCGCUUCAGCAUCCGCAUGUUCAGCCUGCUGGUUUUCCGGGCCCAGCCCGAGGACUCGGGCUUGUACUUCUGCGGCACCCGCAAGGGGGACUACUUCUACGCCUACGAUGUGGACAUCCAGAGCAGCGAGGGGAUGGUGGCCACCUUCAAGGACCUGGGCCAGGAGCCCUUUGCAGACGAGCACCUCGGGAGCCUCCACAUCUUCACCACCUUCUGGGAGUGGACCCCCUGCGACCGCUGUGGCGUCCGUGGGGAGCGGUGGCGCAUUGGCCUCUGCUACUUGCAGAGCCCGGAUCUCUCUCCACGCUACCAGAAGACACUGCCCGAUGUGGUGUCCUGUGGGUCGCAGGCCGUGCCGCAGAAGCUUCGGGCCACGGCCAUGGAGCACACGCCCGAGCUACUGGUUCAGAGCUGCGUGGUGCCCUGCAAGAAGACGACAGCGUCCCGGCAGGGCGUGAUGGCCAUCUUCAGCUACGUGUCCAAAGUGGGCAGCCGGCCCUGGGUGCCUCAGGUACCCAUUCAGUUCCACCAGCAGAGGCUGGGCCACAGCCUCGUUAUCUCCUGUCCUGGGGCCCGGCCGGAGCACGCCGUGGCCUGGGACAAGGACCGCCAGUACCUCUACCGAACACAGUACCUGAAGGGCGUCAACAGGUCCAUGAGGGUGUUCAUCGACCAUGGCAACCACCUGCACAUCCGCUUCACCCAGCUCAGUGACCGGGGCAUCUACUACUGCUGGCGGCAGGGGGUGCGGGUCGCUGGGUUCCGGCUGAGUGUCACCUCUCGAGGCCGCUACCGGCCCUCAUUCUCGGACCCUGAGACUCGCUCGGCUGUGGAACUCACCCUGAUAGGCUACCUGCUCAUCACGGCAGUCUUUGUCACCAUUCACCUCUGUCGUUGCUGCCGAUACUUAUUUCGCUGUUGUCCCUACUUGUCCCCCUAGGCCUCCCCCUUCCCCAGAUCUGAA